AAGAGGAGCAGAGGUGGGAGCUGCGGCGACCUAAGCGCGGAAUGAAGGCGCGAGAAUGCGCACUGUGCGUACGGUGCAGACGCUCCGCCGCUUUUACGCAGUCGCGCGCGACGAGGAGUGAUUUACCGUGAGGAGGAAUUCCGCAGAAUCCUCUCUGAAUUCUGACUUUUUCUGCCUGAUACAGAAAAAAAAAACUUUCCCUCAAAAGUAUAACCUUCACUAACCAGCAGAGAUGAGGCUGAACUUCUCCACCAGUUGGAUUUUUCGAGGAUGGAUCGUGUGUCUGUUCUUCGGCUUUUACGCGCAGAAUGUGGUCUCCAAGUCCGUUCAGUGUGGCAAGAAGCAGUACCUCAGGGGUACAAAGUGCUGUGACAAAUGUGGACCAGGCCUCCGAGUAUUUUCUGAUUGCUCUGAUAAAAAACUGACGAUAUGUCAAAGCUGUGAUCGUGGUGAAUAUCAGCCCGGCUGGACGGAUGAAAUGCGCUGCUUGCAGCAGAAGUUCUGUGACACAGGAAAGGGCUUUAUGGUGAGACCCGAAAACCUGAAAGCAGAGGAACCGUGUCGCUGCCUUCCCAACUUGCAAUGCUCACCCAUCAACUGCGAGUACUGCGAGAGGAUUCCCACCUGCAGCGCUGGAUUUGGACUUGAGAUGGACCCCGAGUUGACUAAUGGAAGAAAGAUCUGUGUGCCGUGUCAAAAAGGCUUCUACUCCGCUGACACUAGCGCUGAGCCGUGCAAGCCGUGGACCAACUGUAAAGCGGAGGGUCGGAGUGAGACUCGGCCGGGCAGCGUUCAGGCGGACGCCGUGUGUGGACCUCCCGUCUCCACAGGCGCAGCGCCCCCGUGGGUUAUCGUGUCUGUGUUGUCGGUCAUCACUGUUCUCUGUCUGCUCAUCCUGCUCCUCUUCUGCUACAAGGACAAACUCAAAUUACUCUCUGUCAAUCUGCGGUCCUGUGUGCAGAAUCUGAAGAGGACAAGGAUCCAGCAGGAGACCCUGGCACCUCUUUACCACAGUGGAGGAGCAGGAGGAGGACCUGGAAGUCCCAAAUGUAAACCAUGUGAAACCACUGUCAUCUGCCAGGCCCCCUGCAGCCUCUCUGAUGACUCCUCAAGCACCUACCCCACCUCUGUUCCACAUGUCAAGGUGUCACUGCCUUUCACAGCAGAGGUGAUGGACAAAGAUGCACCAAAGAAGAAGACAUCGGUGGAGGACAAGAAAAAUGGAGCCGAAGAACCAGAUGAGAAAAAAGAGGAGACUGUUAGUGUGUCUCCUCUUUUAACAGGUUCUUGUGUGUGCGUUGUUCCCGUCCGCGAGCCUUUGGAAGUAGGUGAGAACGAGGACUGCAGCCAGGCUGUCAGUCCAGGAACUCUGGGAACCUGCUUCUGUGGGGGGCUGGAUGGAGAGAAGGAUGGCAAUAAGAGGGCCGAGGAGGAGAAAAAUCAGAGUGAAAGAGAAGGGAGUGCAGGAACGAGCAGAGACAAGGAAAAGACUAUUUCAACCGAGAGAGAGACAGGUGCUGAACGUCUCAUCUGUCUUUCUCCUGCUCCCCGUCACAACUCCUCUGUGAUCACUCCCUCCAGCACAGUUCCCGAAUGCUGCCUGCCUUUGUCCCAGGCUCAGCCAAAUUUGGAAUUCAAACCCCACCUGACUAACAGGUCACUCAUAAAACAUGAGGAGUUAUACAGUCGGACCAAAAUAGACUCCACCUCAACAGAGGACACCAUUACAACCUCUUCCAUGACCUCCUUCCGACAGUUGAUGACUUCUUCAUCUGUUGGAGAUCAAUACCUGGAGAAGAUCCCAGAGACUUCUAGCCAGGAGCAAAACCAGGAGCUUUGCUGGGGUAAUGCUAGUGAGAAAAUAAGCUCCUCAGGGGAUGCAGAGCUGGAGUGUCCCCCGGAGAGCCUCCAGAGUCAACUGACUGAAGCAGCCCUUACCUCAGGUCAGGUGACGGGGAACCACAACACCACCUUCAUCUCCAGCGGGCAGGUGAUGAACUUCAGCGGUGAAGUCAUCGUUGUCUACGUCAGCCAGACGUCUCUCAGCAGUGACGGGGCGGGGCUCGACGAUGCCUUUGGAAGCCCUGUCCAGGAACAAGCUGAUGAGACGGUUCCAUUGUUCCACAGUGGUCUCAGGUCAUCAGGGGACUCCAUUUCUCAUAACACAUUGCAAGAUGCAACGUUGCCAGUCCAAGAAGUGAUGGAGGAGCAGCUGCAGGCAAAGUGAAAAGGGACCAGUGACAUUUUUAGAACAGUGAUCAUCUCAGUAUGUCAAUUUCUUCCUUUUUUAAACACACCAGCUUCUCUUACCAAAACUAAAAGAAGCACCAGUAAAGUGCAUACCUCAACCAAAGCUGAAAAUAUCUUAUCAUGCAAUAUAUAUGUUUUUUUUUUGUCUGUGUGUGUGUGUGCGCGCGUGUGUGUGUCUUUUUGAUUUUCCUGAACUCACUCAUUUAUCUGAAUCCAGUACAGAAUUAUUGCAGAUCAGGACUUCAUCCAAAUUUCUUCACAAAAAGUAAAAACCACCAGCCUUGCAACAUUAUAUUAUUAUGAUUUUUUUUUUUUUUUGCCACCACUUUCUUUAUCCAGAUCUGGUCCCCAAAAAAUUGCUGGGCUAAAUUCCAGGGUCAGACCAAUCCAUUAACUAUUCAUCAUGUCCCAGCUUUGUUUUAUUUUAGAUUAUAUAUAAACUUAAAGCUAUAGUGUGUAUGAUUUUCUGCCAUCUUGUGGUGAGGCUGCAGAUUGCAUUAUGUUGUUGCUAGUCACAAUUAGUUCUCCUUUCACCCUUUAUCUUUUUUUGGUGACAGGGUUUCAUGGUCCCUUGUCUUCUCUUGUGAUAAACAGUCUCUCAUCUUCCAUUUCACCAAAAGGAGGAUUCUAAAACUUGCUAGCCUGCAUUAGCAACCAGUAGACAGCAUAUAGGGGAGCAACUACUAAGCCAACUUUUUUUUUUGUCAAUCUUCUGGACAUGCAAUCAAAUGCAAAACGUGGAGUAUGUAUGUCCCAUAUUGGCUACUGUAUCAGUGUGGUGGUCCAACAUGGCGGUCUCCAUGAGGGGGCCCGCUACCAUGUAGAUGUGAGGGAUCGUUCUAAGCUCAUGAAAACACAUUGAUUCGUUGUUGCAGGUGAAUUAUACACUAAUGAAUUGAUGGCUAUGAAUGAUAUAUUACAUUUCUGCUAAUAAACACCCUAAAUCCUACACACUGUAGCUUUAAAACACAAUAAUUCCAGAAUCUGAGUCCAGAACACCAUGCAUUUGAAGUUGGAGGACCAAACCUGAAUGGCAAGUCUUUUUGUGAAAUUUCAAAUAGUUGAAAGCCUGUUGCUAGGGAUGGAGGCCAAAAAUGUCAAAGAUGGAUGAAUAUCUCAAUAAUCAAUGAAUAAAAUUUGAAAAAUGUUUGGAAUGCAGGUCGAGAGCCAGAUGUGUCUCGUGUUGGAGGAAGACCAAGUUACACACACAUAUCACUAGAGUAAGAGGCCAACAUGAAUAAAAGGUCUUCUCUCCCAGUGGUGAAGAAAAAGUGUAGAAUCUGGCUCCGGAGCCAAAUCCAGCUGAUCUCAGGGGUCUGGACCUUGGUAGCUGAAUACUGUGUGUAAAAAGAUUUAAGCUGAUUUGAGUCGUGAGUUUUGCAACUUGAAAAGACACAGAGCAGUUUUCAACAUACAGAAGCAAAGAUAAGUGAACUUUCGGAGACGUGAGGCUUCAAAUCUAAAACCGUUAGUGAUUCUCUGGAACGUAAUCCAGUACUUUGUCCAAUUUCCCACAUUAGUCACUGAACCUUGUCUCAAACAUCUCUAAGUGCCUUGUUUUCAUUUUCCAGUGGAAAGCCGAUGUUUUUUUCAUGGAAAAUCCCUUCAUUCUAAACACUGACGGGGAAAUCUGUCCAGGAUGUGCAUGUGGAAACGCACUAAAAGAACUCUUGUGUUUUUGUCAUUGUUUGGACGUUACAGCUGGUAUAUAUAGAUCUCUGAUUUCCAUCUUUGUUUUUGAAGCCGGACAAUUUAAAAUACACAACACUCAUUCAUUCAUUUCAUGUUUGCACUUGGUACGCUCCUUUAAUUUAAUUUGAUAUUUGGAUGCUUUAAAGAGCUUCCAUUUGAAAAUUAAUUAGCCACCAAUUUGUAAAUAGUGGAGUUCAUGCAGAACUUUUACACAAUCAUGUAUUAAAGUCAAUUUAAAAGUGAUUUUAUGAACAAAAAUGAUUUUUAAAAUGUUCUGAAUUUCUGCCUUUCCCCUCCCUGGAAAUUCUAAGACUCCAUCAUCAGAAAAGGUUGAGACAGUAUGGAACUAGGGAGGAGGUGGAACAUCAACCCACAGUGAUUCCUUGAUUGACUUUGACUUCUGUUUCAUUGUAGGUAGUAUGAACCAAAGAUAUUUAAGGUUUCAUGUGGUCAUUUCAUUUGUUAAUAUACAUCUAUUCAUGCUUUAAGACUGACAACAAAUGCCAAAUAAUUUUGGGGCACUAAAGCAUUUACUGUUUUGUAAUGUUGCCAUUCUUUCUCAUAGAACUUAAGAUGUUUUUCAGGCAAUAUUUGACCCAAUUCUAUCUGCAAAUAUAUCUUAAGGCGUGCACCAGUACGCGAUUGUCGUUGCUGCAUUGUUUUGUUUCAAAGUUCUCCACGGGGGGCAGGUUAGGACUGCAGGCAGUCCAGUCCAGUACCUGUAGCCUUUUCUUCCACAGCCAUACCGUUGUAGUGUGUGUGCACAAUAUGGUUUUGUGUUGUUGAAAAAUGCAUGAACAUCACUGGAAAAUGUCAUCCUCAAGGCAGCAUAUGUUGCUCAAAACCUCAAUUUUCUGCAUUAAUGGUGUCAUCACAGAAGUGUAAAUUACCUUUGCUAAGGGCACUGACACAACCCCAUACAAUGACAGACCCUGGCUUUUGUGCUUGUUCCUUGUAACACUCGGGAUGGUCCUUUUGAUCCAGAGUACACAACAUCCAUUUCUUCCUAAAAAGAUCUGGAAUACUGAUUCAUCUGACCACAACACACAUUUCCACUAUGUGAUGGUCCAACCCACAUGCCUGUGACUCCAGAGAACUUCACACGAUAUCUGGACAGUGUUAACAUAAUGCUUCUUUUUUGCAUUAUAAAGUUGCAAGUGGUAAUUGUGAUUGUAAGUCUAUAUUGUAGUGAUUGCCAAAGGUUCCCCAAAGUAAUUCCUUGCCCAUGUGGUUGUAUCAGCUAUUGAUGAAUGGCGGUUCUUGAUGCAGUGCCGUCUGAGGGCUCAGAGAUCAUGGGUGUUCAGCUCAUGCUUGCACUCUUACCUAUUACACACUGAAAGUCUGCCAGAUUCCUUGACUCGUUUAAUGAUAUGAUGCAUUGUGAGGGAGAAAUAGGCGUAUCUUUUCCAGUCUUUCUUUGAGGAACAUUAACAUUUCAAGAAUUUUUCUCACACAUUUGUUGACAAACUGGAGAUCCUCUGUCCAUCUUACCCUCACAAAGACUCAGCCUUUCAUGGAUAUUGCUUUAUGUCAUUAAACUGCCAUGUCUCAACUUUGAUUUUAGAAUGUGUUACGGGCCCCAAAUGCAGGAAUGGAUGAAUAUUAACAAAUUAAUUGAAGUUGACCAUGCAAAACAUGAAAUACCCUGGGUUCAUAGUGACUGCGAUGAAACUGAAGUCAAUGUACAUGAAAGAAUGACUGUCUAAUCAUUUUCUGAUUUAGAGUUGUAUUUUGGUACGAUGUAUUCUCUUUGUUGACUUUUUUUGUUGUUGUUUUGUUUUAAUACUCUCUUCUUAUUGCACCACCAGUGCAGUUAAUGAAAAAAGAAAAAUGCUGUGCAUUUGUGAGCUACUUUAUGACUGGUUUGUUUUGUUUCAGUGCAUGUUAAUGUGCAAGCCUUAAUGAAGAAAAGACAGCAUGUUUAUUUUUUCUUCUUUUUGUUUGAGGUAAUUUUGCAAAGUAGAUUAUGAAUUAUUUCAGAGAGAUGUGCAUGUGAUCAGGGUCUGUAUAUAUUUCAGAAUGGGAAAAAAGCUUCUUUUCAUUUGUUUGUUGAUAUGAGGUGCAGAUUUUUUUAAUGACGGGAAAACGCACAGAUCAUAGGACUUUAAAGGGAUGUUUUAUAGUUACAAUCUUGCCGUAUCUAUGCAACCUUAAUAAUAAUUAUGUACAUAUCGAUCAGAAUAAUUGCAUCCAAUGACUGAAAGAGCACUUUGAUUGCAAUUAAAUAUGUUUUGCAUCAGA